GAGGGGAAUGCAUGACUUCAGUCAUUUGCUGGGCAGCGUGAAACUAAGCCUCAAACACAGCCCCUUCAGAGCCACAAUGCUUGCUCUGCUGUUCACACUGUUGAUGUUCUCUGGCCUGAGGAGCGUGGGCUUGAGACUGUUCUCCAUGGCGACUGAAACCUACGUGUCUGGGACCCACUCUGCGGCCUUCAUUACCUGCCCCAACAUGGAGGUUGCUAAAGACAUUGCACGGGGUGUUGUACAGAAGAAGCUGGCUGCCUGCGUGAACAUUGUGCCACAGAUAACUUCCGUAUACGAAUGGAAAGGAAACAUUGAGGAAGACAGCGAAAUUCUGCUUAUGGUUAAAACACGAAGCACCAAAGUUGGCGACUUAGCGGCGUACGUGCGGUCGGUUCACCCUUAUGACGUGGCGGAAGUUAUCAGUGUGCCGAUCGACCAGGGGAACCCACCGUACAUGAAGUGGCUGAGCGAGGUGGUGCCGGAAUAAAAGUCCUGAGCCCGUAGCCUGAGGGGAGAGAGAGAAAGAGAGAGAGACAUCUUUCGAGAGCGGCUGCUCCCUUGAGUCCCGCGUUAGCUUUCAUUUUUUGGUCCGCAAAGAGCUUUCUUCAGCAAAUCUCUCCACUUUUCCUGCACUCGGCUCCCUGGUCUAAUUCCUGCUUGCAGCUCACAGCCUGCCACAGCUACAAGGGCUUUUGUGUGUCUUACUGUCUUCUCACUUUCGGGUGAGGAGACACUUGUGGCAAAGGCUGUCACCUAUAAGGGAACACUUGGUCUGGUCACUGCAAUGAAGGAUGUGCAAUGUGCUUCAGAGUAUCAUGUUAAAUAUCACAUGUGUGAACUUCACUAACAAUGACCAGGGUAUUCCCUUUGUUAACUUCUAAUUAAAAUUUUGAUCAGAUUUA